UCAUUAAUGGGUUCCGCCAGCGAAGAUGAAGACGACGAUGAUCCGCCACAUUUGCGCGGGCCACCACUCGGCCUGGGCGUAUUAGGACCGAAUGGCCCAGACUCAGCGGGUGGACCAUUGGGAGCAUCCGAUAUCUCAGUACAAAGUAUGAGCACGGAUAGUAAAAACACGCAUGACGACUCCGAUCAGGGUUCCUUAGAUGGUGAUCCUGAUGGUCGUGGCGAUUCGCAAGCGGAGAACAAGAGUCCUGACGAUGCGAACGGCUCGAAGCGACGUGGCCCGCGAACGACGAUAAAAGCCAAACAAUUGGAAGUACUGAAAACGGCAUUUAAUCAAACACCGAAACCGACACGGCAUAUUAGGGAACAAUUGGCCAAGGAGACGGGGUUGCCAAUGCGUGUGAUACAGGUUUGGUUCCAGAAUAAACGUUCCAAGGAGCGACGCAUGAAGCAAAUCACCAGCAUGGGACGUCCACCGUUCUUUGGCGGUGCGCGUAAAAUGCGCGGCUUUCCCAUGAAUCUCUCACCUGGUGGUCUCGAUGAUGGUCCUGGCUUCCCCUAUUUCGCGGCUGAUGGCAAAUUUGAGUUUGGUUACGGUGGACCACCAUUCCAUCCGCACGAUGGACCGUUCUUCCCAGGACAUCCUGGUGGGCCGAUGCCAUUUAAUACACCAGGUGGACCCAUGGAUCAUACAGGCCCCAUACCAAUGGUGAAUGAAUUCGGUCUUACGCCCGAAUCGCAAUUCCUCAGUCAAGCUGGUGGCCCACCGAUGAGCAUACAAUCGGCUGGUGGACCACCACCACCUCCUGAACAUCUACUUGCUGCGCAACAACAGGCACAACAACAAGCACAACAGCAGCAACAACAACAACAACCGAAUGGCCCGCGCUCAGCAUCACCGGAAUUUCUAACAGCGGCGAACUUCAGUGAGCCAUCGAAUAUGCAAAAUGAGGGACUGGUUUGGUAA